CACACACACACACACACAGAGCACUGGGACAGAGGACAUGAUAUUGUACUCACAUAUACAUACUGCCAAGCUUGGACUAUUUCCCUUCUACUGCAGCAGGACGAGUGAAAUCGUGGCCACCGUGUAGCAGCUGAUACUUUAACUUGUAGAUGUCUCCUUUGGGCUUGUGUGGCCUUCUCUUUAUCUCCGUCUCGGUGUGUUAUUGGGUGCCAGCAGGCUGCUAUGCCAACGGCAAGGUCACCAAAGUCUGUGGCAGCAUGGAACCCCACCAUGGUGUCCCUGGUCAAACCGCUCACAGCCCCUACCGCCUAGACACCAACACCACCACGUUCAGUCCCAGAGAACGGAUCAAAGUCAUCCUCUCCGGAACAUCGUAUUUUGAGGGCUUUCUGCUUCAGGCCAGGGAUGCAGCCAAUCAGGGCACAGUUGGCACCUUCACCCUGACCAACCGGAACAAGACACAGCUGCUCACCUGUAAUGAGCACCAGGGUUCAGCAGUGAGCCAUACGAGUGAUGCCAGACAGACAGAGGUGUGUGUCGUAUGGAAUGCUCCUGCAGAUGCUCCCAGACAGAUUCAGUUUUUGUGAGUGUAUUUCUUUCUAAAUGCUCAUUCAAAGUCAGCUUAUGAAACUUUUUCUGAGCAGUGGCCACUGUGGUCAGAAAUAAUGAUUACGGCAUAUUUUGAUACAUUAAAAAAUAGUGUAUCAUUAGCUCAACAGAGUCAGAAAGUUAGAAAACUGACUCAGCCAUCUCAGUUACACAGCAGUACGUGUUAUUAGCAAAAUUAGCUAAUUUAAAUGUUGCAGAAAUGAAUGUUGACAUGUUUUAUAUGUC